UGUGCCAUGUGCCUGUCAAAGGGUGAAUUACGCUGCACCAGGUGCCAGAGCAUCAGUUACUGUUCUAAAAGAUGUCAAAAAGCCGACUCACAAUGCCACCAACUUCUCUGCACCAAGUUCACUCAGCAAAGCGCCCGGCCCUCCCCACAACAUCGCCUCGGCCUCGAAUUCCCAGACUCUGGUGCUGGGCCACGUUUCAUUUGGAUACACUGUGAAGCGAAAUAUGACGAAGAUGAAGAGACUGUAUACCAAGUCCCACAUGUGAAGCCUUACUUCGAACAUGCAUCGGGUUCCUCAUAUCCAAUGCCGCGCCUCAUACGACGGAACUUGAGGCUCGAUCGAUCCCUACGCGACGCCAUCGAGAUCACAAGUCGAGAUGCAUUCCUUUUGGAUGGGUCGGUACACAAUCCAGCUGUGUACAUGGCUGCAUCUUUUGGAGGCGUAGGAGAUGUGCCAGUGAACUGGAUGGGGCCUAUCGUUGUGUUGAGAGUAAAAGGCUGCAGUAUUGAUCCAAACGAGUAUUUAGACAUCACCAUGGAUGACUUCCGAUGCGUCAUGGACUACUUU